AUGCCUCAUGAGUCAAAGCAGCAGCAUCCUACAAUGCCUCAUGAGUCAAAGCAGCAGCAUUCUCCAAUGCCUCAUAAGUCACAGCAGCAGCAUCCUCCAAUGCCUCAUGAGUCACAGCAGCAGCAUCCUACAAUGCCUCAUGAGUCAAAGCAGCAGCAUCCUACAAUGCCUCAUGAGUCAAAGCAGCAGCAUCCUACAAUGCCUCAUGAGUCAAAGCAGCAGCAUCCUCCAAUGCCUCAUGAGUCAAAGCAGCAGCAUCCUCCAAUGCCUCAUAAGUCACAGCAGCAGCAUCCUAAAAUGCCUCAUGAGUCAAAGCAGCAGCAUCCUACAAUGCCUCAUGAGUCAAAGCAGCAGCAUCCUACAAUGCCUCAUAAGUCACAGCAGCAGCAUCCUCCAAUGCCUCAUGAGUCAAAGCAGCAGCAUCCUCCAAUGCCUCAUAAGUCAAAGCAGCAGCAUCCUCCAAUGCCUCAUGAGUCAAAGCAGCAGCAUCCUCCAAUACCUCAUAUACCACAGCAGCAGCAUUCUCCAAUGCCUCAUAUGCCACAGCAGCAGCAUUCUCCAAUGCCUCAUAUGUCACAGCAGCAGCAUUCUCCAAUGCCUCAUAUGUCCCAGCAGCAGCAUCCUCCAAUGCCUCAUAUGCCACAGUAG